GGCGCCGCCCAUGGCCGAGGCCCCCCCGCGCCGCCUGGGCCUGGUCUCCCCGGCCGGGGACGCCCCUCGCGCCGAGCUGGUGGCGCUCACGUCCGUGCAGAGCGAGCAGGGCGAGGCGGGCGGGGGCGGCUCCCCGCGCCGCCUCGGCCUCCUGGGCAGCCCCCUGCCGCCGGGCGCGCCCCUCCCUGGGCCGGGCUCCGGCUCGGGCUCCGCCUGCGGCCAGCGCUCCUCGGCCGCGCACAAGCGCUACCGCCGUCUGCAGAACUGGGUCUACAACGUGCUGGAGCGACCCCGCGGCUGGGCCUUCGUCUACCACGUCUUCAUAUUUCUGCUGGUCUUCAGCUGCCUGGUGCUGUCUGUGCUGUCCACUAUCCAGGAACACCAGGAACUUGCCAAUGAGUGUCUCCUCAUCUUGGAAUUCGUGAUGAUCGUGGUGUUUGGCUUGGAGUACAUCAUCCGCGUCUGGUCCGCUGGCUGCUGCUGCCGCUACCGAGGAUGGCAGGGCCGCUUUCGCUUUGCCAGAAAGCCCUUCUGUGUCAUCGAUUUUAUUGUGUUCGUGGCCUCGGUGGCCGUCAUCGCCGCGGGCACACAGGGCAACAUCUUCGCCACGUCUGCGUUGCGCAGCAUGCGCUUCCUGCAGAUCCUGCGCAUGGUGCGCAUGGACCGCCGCGGGGGCACCUGGAAGCUCCUGGGCUCGGUGGUUUAUGCGCACAGCAAGGAGCUGAUCACCGCCUGGUACAUCGGGUUCCUGGUGCUCAUCUUCGCCUCCUUCCUGGUCUAUCUGGCCGAGAAGGAUGCCAACUCUGACUUCUCCUCCUACGCUGACUCACUCUGGUGGGGCACGAUCACACUGACAACCAUUGGCUAUGGUGACAAGACACCACACACGUGGCUGGGCAGGGUCUUGGCUGCCGGCUUCGCCUUACUUGGCAUCUCCUUCUUUGCAUUGCCUGCUGGAAUCCUUGGCUCUGGCUUUGCCCUUAAAGUCCAGGAACAGCACCGGCAGAAGCACUUUGAGAAGCGGAGGAUGCCAGCAGCCAACCUCAUCCAGGCUGCCUGGCGCCUGUACUCUACAGACACGAGCAGGGCCUACCUGACAGCCACCUGGUACUACUACGACAGUAUCCUCCCAUCCUUCAGAGAGCUGGCCCUCUUGUUUGAGCAUGUGCAGCGGGCCCGCAAUGGGGGCCUGCGGCCCCUAGAGGUGCGGCGGGCGCCGGUACCUGACGGAGCACCCUCCCGUUACCCGCCCGUUGCCACCUGCCACCGGCCAGGCAGCGCCUCCUUCUGCCCUGGGGAAAGCAGCCGAAUGGGCAUUAAAGACCGCAUCCGCAUGGGCAGCUCCCAGCGACGAACGGGUCCCUCCAAGCAGCAUCUGGCACCUCCACCUAUACCCACCUCCCCCAGCAGUGAGCAGCAGGUGGGUGAGGCCAGCAGCCCCACCAAGGUGCAGAAGAGCUGGAGCUUCAAUGACCGUACCCGCUUCCGGGCCUCUCUGAGACUCAAGCCACGUGCCUGUGCUGAGGAGGGACCCUCAGAGGAAGUGGCAGAGGAGAAGAGCUACCAGUGUGAGCUCACAGUGGACGACGUGAUGCCUGCCGUGAAGACAGUCAUCCGCUCCGUCAGGAUCCUCAAGUUCCUGGUGGCCAAAAGGAAAUUCAAGGAGACGCUGCGGCCCUACGACGUGAAAGACGUCAUUGAGCAGUACUCGGCAGGGCAUCUGGAUAUGCUGGGCCGGAUCAAGAGCCUGCAGACUCGGGUCGACCAGAUUGUAGGCCGGGGGCCUGGGGACCGAAAGAACCGGGAGAAGGGCGACAAGGGACCUUCAGACAUGGAAGCAGUGGAUGAAAUCAGUAUGAUGGGACGUGUGGUCAAGGUGGAGAAGCAGGUGCAGUCCAUCGAGCACAAGCUGGACCUGUUGUUGGGCUUCUACUCGCGUUGCCUGCGCUCUGGCACCUCAGCCAGCCUGGGUACCGUUCAAGUACCACUCUUCGACCCUGACAUCACCUCUGACUACCACAGCCCCGUGGACCAUGAGGACAUCUCGGUCUCUGCACAGACCCUCAGUAUCUCCCGCUCGGUCAGCACCAACAUGGAUUGAGGGGCCUCUCAAGGGUGGGCCAGGACUCAUGCCUCAGUCAGCCUGGCUCUCAGAUCCCGGACUCGCCUCUUACUUGAACUCGCUCCCUCUCGGGGAGAGAGGCCACACGCAGUAUUCAGCUGCCUGGGUGGGUGAGAUACUCAGCAGUGGGUGCCAGCGACCUGCCCCCUCCCCUCAGGAGCGUGAGAUGCCAGGCCACACAAAAGGCUGUAGCAGCAGCAGCUGCUGCCCUGCUGCCUCUGGGCCCCCCAGUUCCCUGCCGGUCCAUUGAGGCCACCUGGCAGGGCUGCUGACCUGCGAAUGAAAGAAGGGCGUUGGGACGGUGGGCCCAGACCCAGCUUCCAGCUAUGCAAGGUGAGCGCUCUGGCCGCCCACCCUUAGGACAAAACAGGGAAGUCCUCCGCCAAGGCCUCGCCCCACCUGGGGGUGGGCCCAAGGUGCCCCUACAGGUACCCACAAAGCACAGGACCCUGCUGCAAAGCAGGUAGGCACCAUGUAUGCAAACUAUGUUAAAUAUGCAACAUUGGGGACCCCUAUGGGGUUCUCCUGCCCCUCCCGUCGUGGGAGAUGGGCCCCCAGCAGUAGCUGGUCUCAGGCUGCUUAGCCAUGAUCCCUAUUCUUGUUCUUUGGCUUAUCACCCUCCUCCCCACCCAGCAUGGGGCCUAUUUCUCCCUUGCCUCCCCCAAGGGCAGUGCCUGGGCCUUCCUGUGUGCAGGUGCCCCCUCCCAGGAGCCCCCUCUUCUUGCUGGAUGCCCACUCCCCUCUGUAACCUCUUGACACCUUUGACAGCACAAGAUUCUGUAUUCAUACUCCACCACUCUCCCAGACAGUACUCCUUCGGUCACACAGACAUGUCCCUGCAGAGAGUCCCAUACUUAUACUGACACACAGAGUCACACACUCUGGGACACAUUCAAUCUGUUCUUCAGCUGCCAGCACAUAGGUCUUGUAGGGGUGGUGCCCACUGAGAGACUCCUCUUCCCAAUCUACCCCAUGUCUCUCCAAGCUCCACCCUACAACUUUUCCAUUGCGUCUUUCUCAGUAAGAUUUCAUCCUCCCCUGUCCCGGAGCCUUUAACUGCUCCCUCUGCCUGCCCAGAGGACCCUCUUCCCAGUCCCCACAGCACAACUCAGGCCUAGCCCUCGGACCUGAACAGCACUGGAAAGACCCCAGGCCCUUCUCAGUGUGGUUGUCAGGCCUACAUCAGUCUAGGCUAGCUCCUUCCUAGGCAUCCUGACUCCCAGAGAAAAUAAUAGUGCACCUAGCAACUAGCAUUUGUCAGGCAGCAGCUGUGUAUCUGGCGCCCACCCACACGCAGUGUUUCCCCACCUUCCAUCCUCAACUCUUCACUGCUCUUGGCAGCCCCUCCAUGCCAGCAUAAGUCUCCACUCACUCCAGGCCUCUAGCACCUCUUUGGUAUCCCAAGCCCUUUGUUCCUCUUCUGCAGAGCCAAUGCAGGUGGCAGUAGGGUGAUGGGUAAUGGAUGCACAGUGAGCUUCUGUGGGGUGCCAGCAGACAAGGGGUUCAGGCCCAGAUGUCUGCGUCUCACUACUGGACCUGCAUAUACCAAUACCAGGGCCGGGGCUGGAUCUUGCUCAGCCUCGUGGUGCUUAGCCUCUGCCCCAACGUGCCCUCUGCAUGUGACUAUCGUGCCCUAGAUGGAGGAAUGUCCUGGCUUGUCUCACCUGCCCUGCACUGUCCCCAGAGAGGUGUCCCCCCCCCCAGCUCCCUUAGGAGCAGCUGUGGAGAGUGGUAGGAGAACGGAUGACCCUGUGACCAAAGGAGACUUGGAAAGAAACCCUCCCUUCAUCUACCAUCGAGGUUCCCACCAACCCAGUUCUCGGAUGCAAGUACCUCACUUUGUUAACUUAUUAACUUAUUGGUUUCAUUAAAGUUUUCAGUAGGA